GGCCUUGGAGGAAGAGAGGACGGUCCCCCUCGCAGCAGCCUUCUCUAGCCCCGGACACACAGAGGGAGCUCCAGCCGCUAGAAGACAUAACGGUUUAAAAAAUGGAGGCUUUAAGCAAGGCAGUGAAUGGAUAUAUAGAUGACUUACUUGGGCCAAGAGAUCCCAGGGUAAAAGGAUGGCUUCUCAUGGAUAACUAUAUACCCUCAUUUGUCUGCACUGUCCUGUACUUAUUUACGGUAUGGGUAGGACCAAAGUUCAUGAAGAACAGACAACCUGCUUCAUUCAGAGGCAUUUUAGUGGUUUACAACCUGGGCCUUACUUUUCUAUCACUGUACAUGUUCUACGAGCUGGUUACAGGAGUGUGGGAAGGGGGCUACAGCUUUUUCUGUCAAGAUACUCACAGUGGGGGUGAAGCUGACACGAAGAUAAUCCGUGUUCUGUGGUGGUACUAUUUCUCUAAACUCAUAGAAUUCAUGGACACCUUCUUCUUCAUCCUGAGGAAGAACAACCACCAAAUCACUGUCCUACAUGUCUAUCAUCACGCAUCUAUGCUGAACAUCUGGUGGUUUGUCAUGAACUGGGUUCCCUGUGGGCACUCCUAUUUUGGUGCCACUCUUAAUAGCUUUAUUCAUGUCUUGAUGUACUCCUACUAUGGACUCUCAGCUAUUCCAUCCAUACGCCCAUAUCUGUGGUGGAAGAAAUACAUCACCCAGUGCCAACUGACUCAGUUUGUCUUGACGAUGACUCAGACUAGUUGCGCUCUUGUUUGGCCCUGUCAGUUCCCCAAGGGAUGGCUGUAUUUCCAGAACUGUUACAUGAUCUCCCUCAUUAUCCUGUUUGCCAAUUUUUACAUUCAGACUUACAACAAGAAAUCCUCUUCACGAAGGAAAGAAUACCAGAAUGGCUCUGCCAGUGCAGUGAAUGGGCACACAAACAGCUUUUCUUCCCUGGAGAACAAUGUGAAACAGCGGAAACAAAGAAAGGAUUGAAGAGAAAACCAAGUCACCAUUUCAGGACGCCAGAUGCUACAACAUCAAAUUUCAAGCACAGUAUAAACUGUGCACUGACACGCUUACAGCUACUGUAAUUAUUCCUAGUAAAGUAAUGUGACUAACGUAGGUCUCCAACAACUACAGCCAUCAUAGAAACCUUUAUAGUGACAUUUAAAGAGUAGCUUACCGAACUAGCAGCGGUUAUUGUUUCAUGCAAGCAGGUGAUCCCCCCCCCCUCGCAGAUUACAUGUGUACAAAAUAAUGAAACCAGUAAUCGUAUCCACUCCUCCAAAUUAUCUAUUGGGCUUCAAAAUACUUACAACUAUUGUUAAUACUUAAAUUAGGUUAUGUCUUUGUGACACAUGAAAUUUAUUUAUGAUAUAAAACUGGUAUUUUCCUUAGUGUCUGGUUGUCCUACUUUGCAUAAUAUUUUCUUGCCAAAACUUAUUAACCUGAUGCAUAAAACCUGUUGAAUUCUAAAGAAA